AAUUCCAUCUAGUCAUCGCUUGUGGAAAAUAAAAUAAAAUAUCAUCAUGAAAGAAACGAAAACGCACAACACAAGCAACAAGCACAACAACUGGAUCUGAUUCUCAACUCACUCACACACACACAUGGCAUGGGAGUGUUACUCCCCCAGAAGAACAACAACAAGCAACGCUUCUUCUUUCCUCUCUGUUACUGCUCAGUAAACUAGUGAGAGAGAGAGAGAAGAGAGAGAGAGGAAUAACUAACUACUCAUCGCGAUGGCGGAGCUCCGGCACUCGUCGUCACUCGGCAGCCGAGCCACUUCUUCUCCGAUGAAACGAGACGGCGUCGCCGCCGAUUCCUCCCCUCUCAUCCCCGCCGAUCGCCACUCCCCUAAGGACCGCGACCGCCCACUCUUCCACCACCUAUGCUCCGACGAGCCUAGGGUUCCUCCUCUUUUCAACUCCAGGAUCUCUCUAUUCUUCACCUUGCUUCUACUUCUCCUUGCCUUGCUCUCCUUAUUCGUCAUCCUCCAUAAAUUGAAUUCUCCUUACUUGUGUAAGAAAAAUGGGAUUGUUCUUCACUGUCCACAUGUGAAAGAAUCAGCAUCUCUUUGGGAAAAUCCUUACUCAUCCACCACAUCUUGGAAGCCUUGUGCCGAGCGUCGCAAUGGUGUUAUAUCAGAACUUCCUCCUGAAAGUGAAACAAGUGGGUAUAUAUUCAUUCAUGCUGAAGGUGGCCUAAAUCAGCAAAGAAUUGCGAUAUGCAAUGCAGUGGCUGUAGCAAAAAUAAUGAAUGCCACUCUUAUUUUGCCAGUGUUGAAGCAGGACCAGAUUUGGAAAGACCAAACGAAAUUCGAAGACAUCUUUGACGUGGAUCACUUCAUUGACUACUUGAAGGAUGAUGUUCGUAUUGUCCGUGAUAUACCGGAAUGGUUUACUGAUAAAACAGAGCUAUUUUCUAGUAUAAGACGGACUGUAAAAAACAUUCCAAAAUAUGCACCUGCACAGUUUUACAUUGACAAUGUUCUGCCCCGAAUCAAGGAGAAGAAGAUUAUGGCUCUGAAACCUUUUGUUGAUAGGCUAGGAUAUGACAAUGUUCCUACAGAAAUCAACAAGUUGAGAUGCCGGGUUAAUUAUCAUGCUUUGAAAUUUCUUCCUGAUAUAGAGCAGAUGGCUGAUUUAUUAGCAUCAAGAAUGAGAAACCGAACAGGAAGUUCAAAUCCUUACAUGGCUCUGCAUCUUAGAUUCGAGAAAGGAAUGGUGGGUCUAUCAUUCUGUGAUUUUGUGGGGACAAGAGAGGAGAAAGCUAAGAUGGCAGAGUAUAGAAAAAAGGAGUGGCCUCGACGGUACAAGAAUGGUUCCCACCUUUGGCAAUUGGCUCUGCAAAAGCGGAAGGAGGGACGAUGUCCUCUAGAGCCUGCAGAAGUGGCUGUUAUUCUUCGGGCUAUGGGCUACCCAAAGGAAACUCAAAUUUAUGUAGCUUCUGGGCAAGUGUAUGGUGGACAGAACCGGAUGGCACCGCUCAGGAAUAUGUUCCCUAAUCUGGUCACAAAGGAGGAGUUGGCAACUAAAGAUGAAUUAGAUGGUUUCAGAAAGCAUGUAACAAGCCUUGCAGCUCUUGACUUCUUGGUGUGCUUGAAAUCAGAUGUAUUCGUGAUGACCCAUGGAGGCAACUUUGCUAAGUUGAUCAUUGGUGCCCGGAGAUACAUGGGUCACCGUCUAAAAUCAAUUAAACCUGACAAAGGACUAAUGUCCAAGUCUUUUGGGGAUCCAUACAUGGGUUGGGCUACUUUUGUAGAAGAUGUAGUCGUUACUCACCAGACGCGGACGGGAUUGCCGGAAGAGACUUUCCCUAACUAUGACCUAUGGGAGAACCCUCUGACUCCUUGCAUGUGUAAAGCCUAAUUACAGCUAUUUUAUUGGAACCUUACACAGGGGCUUGUGCAUUUCGAAGAUAUAUGCCAUUACACCCAAAGGUAAAUGUGAUAAUUCAGGCUGCGGUCGUGUGUUAGAAAUCUUUCAAAAUGAUGGUUUUGGUAUAAGUUAUAAUUUGUUGUGUUGGUCAACCAUGGGUUUGGGGCAGUAAACAAGGAUUUGGAGCAGAGGUGAUGCUUGCUGGAAGUGAGACUGACUGUUGGCUAGCAUUUUAAUGAGUAGAUUUCCUAUCCAGUGUUCUCUUGUAGCAAUACCUCACGUCCACUUUUUUUCCUCCUGGAAAGAGAUUGAUAUUUUUUGCACCCAGAAAAUGUGCAAAUCAAAAGUUAAUCAUAUGUUACUAGUGUUUUUUUUUUA